CGCCUCGCCGAGGCUCCGCUCUUCCCUCUUCGCGUCUCCGCCGGGCGCCUCGGCGGCGGUGGGCAGAGCUUCCUGGAGCAGCCGCGGCGAGAUCCGGUCAGCGGCGUCUAUGGAGAUGGAGAGCUGGGGCUCCCGGGCGCCGGGGCUGCAGCCCGCCUAGGCGGAGGGAGGCCGGCCGAGUCCCCGGGAGGAGCGCGCUCCGGAGAGGCCGCUUGCGCAAAGGGGGAGCGGGCAGCGCGGGCGGGAUUCUCCCGCGGCAGUUCCUCCCUUCUCUUUUCCCUUCCUCUCCCCUCCUUGCAAAAGGCGGCGGAGCCCCGCAGGUACUGGCCCCAAGCCUAGUUUAAUGCGUCUGCAGCAGGAGAGAGAGCCAGCCUGCAAAAGGCGACCGUCCCGGAUUUUGGCAAAAUGAUGUGUGUGUUUGUCUUUGGAACAUUUCCUCCUCCUGGGGGAAGAGAGAUGGUUGCCACGGAGCCAGUACAGGCACCACCAUUCUCCUUUGAAGAAGUGGCUGUGUAUUUCACAGAGGAGGAAUGGGCUCUCCUGGACGCAGAGCAAAGGGACCUUUACUGGGAUGUCAUGCAAGAGAAUUAUGAGAAUGUGGCGUCCUUGGCCGUUCCAAUUCCUAAACCCGAGUUGAUCUCCCGCCUGGAACGAGGGCAAGAGCCAUGGAUCUCCAACCCCCAGGCUACGGAGGACAAAAAGGUCUCCAUCAGCGCCUGCCAAGGGAACGACAUUUAUUUGAAUUCUCCCUCCAUCCCGGCGAGCGAGGUGAUCGUGCGGGAGAUCAAAGAAGAGGUUCCCGAACGAGAAAUCUUGGACCGAGCGGAGCCCCAGUGGACUUUGUUGGGCUCUCCGCCGGGGCUCGACCCCCUGAACUCGGAGAGCCGCUGUGGGCUGCAGAGGCCGUGGGAGAUGCCUCCGGGGACAGUGUGGCGGGAGCCGUCGCGGCACCUGCGGGCGGCGAGUUCGAAACGCAGCAUGUUCCACGUGGGGCGCAAGAAGCUGAUGUGCCCCGAAUGCGACCGGUGGUUCCACUGCAAGUCCGAGUUCCUGCUUCACUGGAGGACCCACACGGGCGAGAAGCCCUACGAAUGCCUGGCAUGCGGCAAGCGCUUUAUCCAGAGCUCCCACCUCAGCGCCCACCGGCGCAUCCACACGGGGGAGAAGCCCUACGAGUGCCCCAAGUGCGGGCGCAGCUUCAACCGCCGCUCCACCCUCACUGAGCACCUGCGCAUCCACACCGGAGAGAAGCCUUACAAGUGCCUCCAGUGCGGCGAGAGCUUCCGAUGGAGACCGUACCUCACCAAGCACCAGAGGGUUCAUGUGGCCGGCGCCGUCUACAAAGGCCUGAGUGACGGGGAAGCCAUGUUUGAGAGCCCGCCCCCGGAGGAGCAGCAGGGAGGCCACCCGGAUGACGCCGUGGGGAGUGCGAACGUGGAGGCCUUUCCCCAGCACGCUGCCUCUGAGGAGGGGGCAGAACAGCAUGGAGGGGCCGGCCUUAACCCGGAAGUGGAAGGCCAGCCGCCCGAGAGGCCUAUAAAGACUGAGGUGGAAGGGAACGACGUCACGGACGUCAGCCAGAUCAAGAUCGUUCAGGUGGAGAAGAAGCAUGUUUGCCACGAGUGCGGCAAGGCCUUCCAGUACAAAUUUGAGCUGGUGAAGCACCACCGGACGCACACGGGGGAGAAGCCCUUCGAAUGCCUGGCGUGCGGCAAGAGGUUCUUCCAGAGCACCCACCUCAACGCCCACCUGCGCAUCCACACGGGGGAGAAGCCCUACGAGUGCCCCAAGUGCGGGCGCAGCUUCAACCGCCGCUCCACCCUCACUGAGCACCUGCGCAUCCACACCGGGGAGAAGCCUUACAAGUGCCUGCAGUGCGGAGAGAGCUUCCGAUGGAGGCCGUACCUCACCAAGCACCAGAGGGUCCACUCGGGGGACAACGCCUACAAGUAUUUUGACGGCGGGGAGAGCCUCUACGACAGCUCGGCCUUCUCCGAGCACCAGGAGGAGAUCCACCCAGAAUAUUUGGUUUCUGCGCCCGACUCCAUCUCCCGCAUGGCACCUCGGGGAGAGCCGUGGGUGCAAGGCCCCCAGCGCUCUGAGGGGAGGCAGAGUCACAGAAGUGGCUCCGAAGGCGAAGGGGCAGCGGAGCCAUUGCGAGGGCAGUCCGAGGGGGAAGGCGAAGGCGUGGACUCUCCAAGGAGCCUCGCUGCCCCUCACGACAGGGCAGGAGCCAGCGACUCGUGCGAUAGCAUGACAACUGAACACCCAGAGGAGGAGACCCAGCAAAGAGGCCUUGAGCUAGAAGUCAACGAUGUGUCGCCAGACAGAUCCGAAGGAAACGUUUCCCUGAAGUCUCGAGCCGUCUCUGAUAGUAGUGGCCAUGGGUCUUUGGAACAGCUAACAGCAGAGUGGGAUGAAUCUGGUCAGUAUGGAAAAGGCCUCCUGAGCAAUUUGGCCUUGUCAAGUUUCUAGCCCUUAAGCUUACAAAAAAGAGAGAGAGGUUUGUAGGUCCACCGUGUUGUAGCUCCUUUGGGCAUGUUGGCUGGGGAGGGAUUUGGGGUACGCUUGGCCUCAAGAAGAGAAGGCCAAGAGGUGAGGUGAUCGCCAUCUUCAGAUGUAUGAAGCAGCUGUCACAUUGGAGACAGAGCAAGCUCCCCCCCCCCACCCUGCUACUCUAGACUGGUGGAACCUAAACCAAUGGAUUAAAAUUACAAGAAAGAAAAUUCUGACUAAACAUUAGGAAGAACUUUCUGAUGGCCAUGUUAUCAAGGAUCCUUUAGGGGGUUGGACUAGAUGAUCCUUAGGAUCCCUUCCAGCUAAAUGAUUCUUUGAUUCUAAGCAGGAAUAUCUCCCAACCCUCUCUGAAGGUGUUGGAGAUUGAACUUGGAUGCUCAAUCACAUUCUAGCUGGCACUGGUGGGAGAUGAAUUCUAAUAGCAUCUGUGGGGCCACAGGCUCCUCUUAUCCCUUCUAUAGAUCAACAGUCCAAAAGCAGAUUGCAGGUUUCCAGGUUCCACAGAACUCCCAUUGAGGCAGCACUGAAAGAAACUUCUCUCUUUGAUAGUACAAGUCCAGGGAAAGAUAACCUGCCCUUUCUUAUCCCGUCAUAGUUCUGUUUUCUUUCUUUCUUUCUUUCUUUCUU